AUGCUUGGCAAAACCUUUAUGCAGAAAACCACCCGUUCCUUUGGAUCCAGAGCGGUUCCUAAACAAACCCAAUUGUUUAUUGAUGGACAAUGGUGCAAUUCAGUUAAAGGAGGGACUUUCGAGACUAUUGAUCCUUUCACAGAGGAGCCAAUUACUCAAGUCCAGAGAGCAUCUAGAGAGGACGUCGACAAGGCCGUGUUGGCAGCAAGGAUUGCUUUUGAUCACGGACCUUGGAGGAGAAUGAGUGCUACUGAUAGAGGAAAUCUUCUAUACAGACUAGGCGAGUUGGUUGAGAAAAAUGCUGAAGAGUUAGCUUAUCUUGAAGCUUUAGACAAUGGAAAGCCAGUGAGCGUAGCCAAGGCUGCCGAUCUUCCAUUGACUUGGAAUACCUAUAAAUACUAUGGAGGAUGGGCGAACAAGAUCACUGGUGAUACUAUCCCAGCUCCAGGAAACUUCCAUGCUUAUACUAGGAGAGAACCUGUUGGAGUCGCUGCCCAAAUUAUCCCAUGGAAUUUCCCAUUGCUCAUGCAAGCAUGGAAACUAGGACCAGCUCUUGCUGCCGGAUGCACAGUUGUCAUGAAGACUGCCGAGCAAACUCCACUAUCUGCUUUGAAGAUUGCUGAACUUAUUAAGGAAGCUGGAUUCCCAGAUGGAGUUGUCAAUAUCCUUUCAGGAUUUGGGGAAGAUGCAGGAGCAUAUCUAUCCACUCACUCAGAUGUGGAUAAGGUUGCAUUCACAGGAUCCACUGCUGUAGGACUCCAGAUCAUGAGAAAUAGCUCUCUCGGAGGUCUCAAGAGAGUUACCCUUGAAUUAGGAGGAAAGAGCGCCAACAUCAUCUGCGAAGAUGCUGAUGUUGACAUGGCUGUUCAACAAUCUCACCUCGGUCUCUUCUUCAAUCAAGGUCAAUGCUGCAUUGCUGGAUCUAGACUUUUUGUUCAUGAUAAGAUCUAUGAUGAAUUCGCCGAAAAAUCUGCUAAGUUUGCUAGUGAAGCUAAGCUAGGAGACUCCCAAGAUGCCGCUACUACUCAAGGGCCACAAGUAUCCAAGGAGCAACAGGAUACCGUCUGGGGAUACAUUGAGAAAGGAAAGAAAGAAGGAGCCACUCUCUUAGCAGGAGGAGAGAAAUACGAUGGCAAAGGUUACUUUGUAAAACCAACUGUCUUUGCUGACGUUCAAGACGAUAUGACCAUCGCUAAGGAAGAAAUCUUCGGUCCAGUCAUGCAGAUCAUGAAAUUCUCUGACUACGACGAUGUUAUUGAUAGAGCUAAUAGAUCUGAAUAUGGACUAGGAGCUGGAGUUGUUACUAAGGAUAUUGGAAGAGCAUUCCAUCUCACCAAUGGACUCAGAGCUGGAACUGUUUAUGUUAACUGUUACGACGUUUUCGACCCAACUCUUCCAUUCGGUGGAUACAAGAACUCUGGUAUCGGAAGAGAGAAUGGACCACAAGGAUUAGAUAAUUAUUUGGAAACAAAGACUGUGAUAAUGAGUAGACCAGAUGGAUCUCUUCCAUAAUAAGAUUAUUUGAAUAUAAUUAUCUACUGACAAACCAAU